ACUAUGACGAUGGCAGGCGACUGAGUAGUCAGAGCGGUAAACUUUUCUUGAGGUCAGGUAUCUUUUCUCCCGCUAUUGCAAUACUAAAGCUACGGUGUAGUUUUCAUGCCUGAGUCCACAAGAAAUCGAAAUCAACCUGAGGUAUCAACCGAGCCUAAUUCCUAUAUCAGACAUGGCAAGCGCUCUGGGUGAUACCAUAGAGUUUGAUCCUAGCCCAUCUGCUUCCGCGAAAACGUUUACCUCAAUGGUGUCCCACUUGUUUCUCACACACUACCAACUAUUUAACUCCCACGCAGAGGUCGCUGCUCAAUCCUACACGGUUGACACCAUGCCACGCCAGCAAGUCGACUCUAUAGAAUUUGUUGACGACGAUUUUCAAACGCCCCCCGUCCCAGAAUUCCAGGAAUCAAAGUCCAACCAGAGUUUGCGACACUACGGCAACAUCAAUAAAGUCCUGGACAUUCACAAUGAAGGCAUGUCUCUUGUUGACAAGAUAAUGCAGAUUUGGCCGCCUCGUCCUUGGGUCAACGAAGAUGAGGUCGCAUCCCUACUCCAUGGUUGCACGCUUGACACUGUCCCUUUCAUGCGAGCAUUCUAUCGAAAGGUCAUCAAACAGCUUGACGCGGCAGCCAUCGCAGGAAAAGCACUCAAAUGGCCACCGUCGACGGACUACAAGGACGAGCUUCCGUCGUACGAAAUGCUUGAUGCGGUCAGAAUUUUGGGUGGGCAAAGGGAAGGGUUUGGAUGUUUUCCUUCCACGAUCAUGAAGCGACUAGAAGCAGCCAAGCUCCGGUUUCUGCUGUUGAGCCCUGACAAUGGUGCUAGACAGAAGGCGAUCGCUCCUUUCUGGACCACACGAGUGGAGAGAGAUUACCCGGCAACUCAAGCUACCAGCCAGGGCGGUCGACCCGAUGCGAGAAAAGUGUUUUCUAUGCUCGAUGACUCAGGCUCCGUCGACUCUGCUACAUCAACCGUUGCAUCAAUCAAGGGCUGCGAAUAUAGGAGCGAGCACGACCACUCUGAUGACGCUCAUUUCCAGCACCAUCACGAUCCUUACGAGAUGAUUGUCUCAGAGAGCGAUCAUGAUUCUUCACCUAUUGUCCGCUCUCGACGCACUUCCAAAUUCACACACAUCGAGAGCGACGAAAACGAUGAUGAAGAUGAAGCGGGAGAUAUGCGUCAUGCUGGCGAUGUUGAACGAGCAAAUACCCAGCCAGAAUUUGACCUUGAUAACGACAGAGUGACGUCUAUGCUGGGCUCCCUGCUCGACACCGACGAUUUCCAUGAAAUUCUCACCCACACUAUCAUGCAGGCCACUCACAGCUAUCACAUCCCCCAAUUGACGAAACACACAGACAAAUUAUUAGAGUCUCACAGUUUCAAAGAAAAACUGGCCAACAUGAUCCAUGAAAAGGUGGCUGAUCUCCACAGUAAUGUCGCAGCCGCCUUCGAUAAGCUGGCCAAGCAGCAGUCUGAGAUCGACCAGCUGAAGCGACAAAUCGAGGCGAUGAAGCGGGAGUCACCAGCACCAGUAUUUGGUGGUUCCUCCAAGAGCUGGGCUCCCCCAUUCGGCAAGCAUAGUCCCGGUGUCUUCACGAUAGACCGCAAGGGCACGUCACCCUCGGCGCCAUCGGACGGCGCGCAACCAUCUUCUCGCGUAAUGUCGAGUUUUGAUCCACGGCGUCGAGGUUCCUUGAGGCAUCAAAAACAGGGGGAAACAUCUUCGGAUUUCGUCGUGGGCGGAGGCGUUGUCGACAACGAGAACUCGUCUCUUCUGUCAGGGUCUCAAGGUCGUGGCACCGAGAAGCGCCGCGCCACGAGCAGCCCGAUCGCCGGCAACAGAAGGGACUCGAAAGUCUAUCACUAGAUGGACGUUGAUGCGUGAAUACUACGUUGCGAGGUUGCCUAGUAUGAUCUGGAGAUGGUAGUGGUCCCGGUUGUGGGAACGAUAGGCGCAUAAGCUGAAAAUGUCAAAAACGUUGAAGGACAGCAUUACUGGGUGGUCGUGCACCUGAUCCUAGGGCCGUGAAGGGUGAAAUCACAAUGGAUGGUCACGCAGGUGGCUUCGUGGAGUCAAGAAUGAUCUAUUCGGAUUCUGAAACUACCAGUUCAG